AGACAGUUAUUAGGCGGCGCGGGGCGGCCAGAAUGGAGCUCGCGGAGGCGCGGCAGAGCCGGGUGCGGGGCAGCACCGCGGCCGUGGAAGCCCCGAUUCCUUCCACUCGUCAUUCCUUGAUCCGUGUUCUCGGUCCUUAGACGCCUUUCCCAGCGCGGGUCCCUCUCUCAAUGGAUUCAUUUCAGACUGAACCGAUGUUGAGCUUGCCCGCCGAGCUGGGCAGCAACAACUUAGAACUGGAGGAGUCGGCUGAGCGGCAGGCACCAGCGGCUGGAGUAGACAUGGGCCCCCACCAGGAGGCGGCCACCGGGGGUCCUGAACCCCCACAGACGCGCGAACCAGAGCCACAGCAGACUCCAAGGACCUCGACGCCCCAGGAGUGCAAAGUCCUGCUCUCAAAGGCCGACGCCUUGGCGUCUGGAGGCCGCCUUCGGGAAGCCCUCGAGGUAUACAGACAGCUCUCAGAGCGACAGCAGCUGGUGGCUGAGCAGCUGGAGCAGCUGGUGCGCUGCCUGGCAGAGAACGUCCCGCAAGACGAGUCACAGACACCCGCGCCGGCUCUCUCGGACAAGAGCAGCGGGACAGGAUGUACCGUAGCCGCGGAAGAGGCAGGGGUGGCGGCGGCCACGGCCACUGAGGUGUGGGAUGGCUUUAAGUGCCGGAAGUGUCACGGAUUUUUAUCAGACCCAGUGUCCUUGUCUUGCGGCCACACCUUUUGUAAACUGUGCCUAGAACGUGGGCGGGCGGCUGACCGGCGCUGUGCGCUGUGCGGGGUCAAGCUCUCCGCGCUGAUGGUCGCUGCGGGCAGAACGCGCGGGGCCCGGCGGGCUGGGCAGCAGGCGCCUCCGCCACUUCGGGUCAACGUGGUGCUCAGCGGCCUUCUCGGCAAGUUGUUCCCGGGCCCCGCGCGCGCGUCGCAACUCCGGCACGAGGGCAACCGGCUGUACCGGGAGCGCCAGGUGGAGGCUGCGCUGCUCAAGUACAAUGAGGCGGUCAGGCUAGCUCCAAAUGACCACUUGCUUUAUAGCAACAGGUCUCAAAUUUAUUUCACCCUGGAAUCUCAUGAAGAUGCACUGCACGAUGCAGAAAUAGCAUGUAAACUCCGCCCGAUGGGUUUUAAGGCACACUUCAGGAAAGCGCAGGCCUUGGCCACCCUAGGCAAGGUGGAGGAAGCCCUGAGAGAGUUUCUCUACUGUGUAUCCCUUGAUGGGAAGAACAAGAAAGCAAGAUCUGAAGCCCAGAGGCUUCUCCUUAGUUUCUUUUCACCAUCAGUCCCGGGGGAUUCUCAGGAACAUUCUCCCGAUAUCCUGAAGCUGUUGGCACCUCACCCUAGAUUAAAGGAACACGUAGAGUCAAUGGCUACUGAAGGCGCCAGCCAUAAUCUACUAAAGUUGUCACAGGAAAAUCCAGAACUCCCACAUUGCUCUACUCAGAAGGAGGAAGCAGCUAGCCGAGAUGGCAACAGUCCGAUGAACACAGCUAACAUGCAGGUGGAUGGUCAGCAAGACAACAUGAAAGAACAGAAAGAAGAAGAGGAGAAGCAGGGUGCUACCUCUGCAGAUGCUGCUUCCAUCAAGAUUGGCAAAUGUCAGGAAAAGAAAAGGAAAUAUUGCCAAAUUGAACUCCGAGAAGACACCGAGGUGUUUAAUAAAGCCCACAGGCAAGAUCUUCCCACUGACCGGGAGGCCAAAGCUGCUCUCAGUAUUCCACUUGCGUCUUUUGAUGCCUCUGACCUUGAAUGCUCCCUAUGUAUGAGAUUAUUCUAUGAGCCAGUCACAACGCCUUGUGGGCACACCUUUUGUCUAAAAUGCCUUGAAAGAUGCCUGGAUCACAACGCAAAAUGUCCCUUGUGCAAGGAUGGUCUUUCCCAGUGCUUGGCAUCAAGAAAAUACAGCAAAAAUGUAAUCAUGGAAGAGCUAAUAGCUAAAUUCCUUCCAGAAGAACUCAAAGAACGAAAAAGGCUUUAUGAAGAGGAAAUGGAAGAACUCUCUAACUUAAAUAAGAAUGUACCUAUUUUCGUAUGUACCAUGGCCUAUCCAACCGUUCCUUGUCCCCUGCAUAUCUUUGAGCCUUGUUACCGCCUGAUGAUUCGGAGAUGCAUUGAGACAGGCACGAGACAGUUUGGCAUGUGCCUUGGAGAUCCUGUCAAAGGAUUUGCAGAAUAUGGCUGCAUCCUAGAGAUCAGAAAUGUUCAGUUCUUUGCUGAUGGCCGCUCAGUGGUUGACAGCAUAGGCAAGAGGCGUUUCAAGGUGCUCCAUCAGGGCCAGCGUGAUGGCUACAAUACAGCCGACAUUGAAUACAUUGAAGAUCAAAAGGUUCAGGGAGAAGAUUGUGCUGAGCUCAUGGGAUUACAUAACUGUGUUUACGAGCAAGCAUCAUCAUGGUUUCACUCACUCAAAUCAUCUCUGAAGAAUCGAAUACUCAAUCACUUUGGUCCAAUGCCAGAGAAAGAUGCUGAUCCUCAGAUUAACCCGAAUGGCCCAGCCUGGUGCUGGUGGACACUAGCUGUUCUUCCCUUGGAAAGUCGAGCUCAACUCCCAUUUCUCGCAAUGAGAUCCUUAAAAGAUAGACUGAAUGGUAUUCGACGAGUCCUGGCUUUUAUAUCCCGAAACCAAAACUAGUGAGAGCGAAUUGCUGAAGAGAAGCACCCAUCCUCCCUGCUCCCUUGGGGAGGAUAUCUGCCUGUAAAUACAUCUAUUUGCAAUAACAUCUUAACAGAAGAGGUUAUCAAACAGAGGUGUGUUUACCUACCUUUGAUCACACAGAGAAAUGAAGUAGAAAGACCAAAUGAAUGUGACCUGUUUGAAACUUUUUUGUCUUAAGAUUCUUCUUGAGAUGCUGCACAACUACAUAAACUGCAGAGGUGUUUAAAAGCCCAGGAAAAAAAUGAUUUUAACAUAAGAUUUUCUGGAAGUUUAACAUGAUUUUGCUUUAGUUUUCUUUCUAACAUAGGUGAAUGACUGAGUGGUUGAAAUGUGAAGCAAAGAUACUAAUAAUGUUGCUGCAUUAUUUCACUGACUUGAGUUCUCAUUCCAAAUGGUUCAGGUUUUAUAGAGCAUUGUGUAAAAUAAUGUUCAUACUUCUGUUUUAAUAAUUUAUUUUUUGCACUACUGUAUCCUUUUUCUACAUGUACGUUUGUAACUAUUUAACUGUGCAUUGCUGAAAAGACAAUUGCUUUAUUUAUUGAUGUGGUUUACCAUGUACCUAGGGGGAACUACAAUACUAGUAAUGUGCAAUUUUUGCUUCAAAACUUUUGACUACAUUGAUCUCAGUUCUUGAACUGUUUCCAUGUCUCUAUCCUAGUCGAAGUUUAAAAUGACUUCAAAAUGAUGCUAAGAUCAUCCAUCUUCACAGAUCUACUUUUCUAGUUUUAAUUGAAUGACAUCAAAUACUUUAAUGACUUGGCAUAGAUUAUGGUAUAUGCCAAGGUAAAGUAAAAUAAUCCAUUUUCUAUGUGUAAUACAGACCAAGGCUGAAAGGAUUAUUGUUCUAGAGCAAUAAUCAGAGUGUGUCUUUUGUUACAACAUAUUGUGGGCAUUUACUUCAGCAGUCAGACUAGAAGGGAUGGCUUUCAAAAGUAUAGCAGCUCACAGCCAUUCCAGCUAGCCUGCCUUCCCCACCUCCUCUCAGUGUUCUGAGGAUGAAGCUCUGUGAUGAGAUACUUGAUAAACUACUAUUUUUUAUUAAAAGUGUAAAGAAGUCAGAGAAGUAGAACCCUUGAAAAAUACAGUACUUUAAAACAACCGGACAAUCUAUGGUUUUAUCAAAACACUGUCUUUCCUUCUAGUUGCAAAUGGUCAAGAAUCUCAAUACAGAGGAAGAAAAAACAAGUAAAAGGAAGCAUUAUUUAGCUUGCCUAGUAGUUAUUUGCUUCCUGUCUUGUCCAAGGCACCUGAAAAAUACCAUGAAGGUAGAAGAGUCAUAAUGUCAGAGUGAAAAGGUUAGGGCCAGGAAGAAGUGAGUUGUUGCGUUUGUACCUUCAUGUAGAUUGCCCUCCCCUGUGUGAUUCUGGACAGGUGUGUUAUUCACUGGAAGCCAGCCCAUACUGUUAAGGUGAGCAGGUCAUGCUUCAAGUAAUUAUAGCAAGUCCUCUAGCUCAUGAAUGAGUUCUGUUCCAGGCGAAUUGUACAUAAGUUGGAUU